CCGCAGGCUCGCCGGCGUCGUGCGGAGCGCGCAGUGGACGCGGCGCGCGGUCUCGGCGCAGAUAGAACGCCGCGCAGCCUCCCGGCGCACUCAGUCGCGCGCCGACCGCGCUCCGCACAACACGUUUCCGGCGCGCUCCACCGUGCCUUCGCCGGCCAAUUCCCGCUUCCAACCUCGCGGCAUGUCACUUAGUAGCUGACACCACGACUACAACUCGCCCAGUGCACCGCUCGCCGUACUCGGCCAGCCCGCAGCCCCUCGCAAGUGAGUCCGCAGUGCCCUCUCACCUUUCAGUGAUCGAUCACCGGUUUCGAAAAUAAGGACCCUACAAAUUUAUAAAGGAUGAUUCCGCGACGCAAACACAACGCCUCCUCGGGCUCGCUGCCAGCGCCCGACGACAAGACCGCCAGCAACGACUACAUACUGAACGCGGGGUCCGAGAAGUGCGCGGGCGGCUGGCGCGCCGCCGUGCGCCGGCGCCUCAACCGCAAGACGCUGCACAAGCGCGUGCCCGUGACGAGCUGGCUGCCGCGCUACUCCAGCCAGGACGCGCUCGGCGACCUCAUCGCCGGCGUCACCGUGGGCCUCACCGUCAUCCCGCAGUCGCUCGCCUACUCCAACAUCGCCGGCCUGCCGCCGCAGCACGGGCUCUACGGCUCGUUCAUCGGCUGCUUCGUGUAUAUCGUGCUGGGCGGCUGCCGCGCCGUGCCGGCCGGACCCACCGCCAUCGCCUCGCUGCUCACGUGGCAGGUGGCCAACGGCGUGACCGAGAAGGCGAUCCUGCUCUGCAUGCUGUCGGGGCUCGUGGAGCUGCUGAUGGGCGUGCUGGGGCUCGGCUUCCUGAUUGACUUCGUGUCGGGCCCGGUGUCGUCGGGUUUCACAUCGGCCGUGGCGCUGAUGAUCGCCACCAGCCAGGUCAAGGACCUGUUCGCGAUCAGUGUGACGGGCACCACGUUUCUGCAGCAGUGGAUCUCGGUGUUUCGCAACUUGCACGGUGCCGCUCUCUGGGACCCCAUCCUCGGCUUCAUUUGCAUCGCGUUGCUGCUCUCUAUGCGGCGGAUCGGCAUGGUGCAGCUGGGCGGCGAGGCGCCGAGCGCGCGGCAGCGCUGGGCGACGCGCUGCUGCUGGCUGCUGGGCACGUGCCGCAACGCCGUGGUGGUGGUGGCGUCCGGCGCGCUCGGCUUCUGGUUCGUGUCCCGCCAGGGCGCCGCGCCCGUGCGCCUCAUGGCUGAUAACGUGAGAGGCGGCUCGAUCCCGUCCGGCGUGCCGGUGCCGGCGCUGCCGCCGGUCAGCUACGUGCGCGCAGACAACUCCACCGCCGACUUCCUCGAGAUGAUCUCGGAGAUGGGCUCCGGCAUCAUCGUGAUCCCGCUCAUCGUGCUGCUGGAGGACAUCGCCAUCUGCAAGGCGUUCUCGGACGGCAAAACCAUCGACGCCACGCAGGAAAUGAUCGCCAUCGGCACGUCCAACAUCGCCAACUCGUUCAUGGGCGCGUACCCGGGCGGCGGCUCGCUCGCGCGCUCCGUCGUGUCCAACGGCUCCGGCGUACGCACGCCCUUCAACGGCAUCUACACCGGCAUCAUGGUGAUCCUGGCGCUGCAGUUCUUCACGCAGUACUUCGAGUUCAUCCCGAAGGCGGCGCUGGCGGCUGUCAUCAUCUCCGCCAUCGUCUUCAUGGUGGAGUACCACGUCGUCAAGCCCAUGUGGAGAGCUAAAAAGCUGGACCUGAUCCCGGGCAUCGGCACGUUCGUGCUGUGCCUGACGCUGCCGCUGGAGAUGGGCAUCCUCACCGGCGUCAUCGUCAAUAUCAUCUUCAUCCUCUACCACGCGGCGCGCCCCAAGUUCACCGUCGAGAUGCUGAAAACGGAGCGCGGCGUGGAGUACCUGAUGAUCACGCCGGACCGCUGCCUGAUGUUCCCGUCCGUGGACUACGUGAAGAGGCUGGUGACGAAGUGCGCGGGCGCGGGCGCGUGCGAGGCGGGCGCGGGCCCGCCGCCCGUGGUGCUGGAGUGCACGCACAUCUACAGCGCCGACUUCACGGCCGCCAAGUCCAUCCAGCAGCUCACGGCCGACUUCCACGCGCGCCGCCAGCCGCUGUACUUCUACAACGUGAAGCCGUCCGUGUGCUCGCUGUUCGAGGCCGUGGCCAAGCCGGAGCACUUCGUGACGUUCUACGAGGACGAGGAGCUGGACCGCCUGCUGGCGGCCGACGAGCGCCUGCGGCCGCGCAAGGCGCCGCCCGCCGGCCAGGUGUAGCCGCCGGCCGCCGCUCCCGAGGGAAAACAGGCUGAUGACUAUAUUUUUGAGAUUCGAUUGACAGUCGUGAGUGAUAUUUAGACGCAGAGACAUAUAUUGUUACUAAAAUUUUAAUUAUUUAGAUGUUGUAAAUACGUUCCCUAGAGUGAGCUCCGAACUGAUCGACGCGUGAUAGCGUCGAUGUAAAAUCGCACGCCCGCGGCGCGGACCCGGCCCGCUCCGCGGGGCGUCAGACUAGACUAGUAGAGACUAUAUUCAUAGCUAUAUAUAUUUUGUUAGAAGUGUUGAGGCGGAGGAGUCCGGCCGGCCGACGGGACGAGGUCGCGAGUCGGCCCCGGACCGGACUGAUCGUACUUAGACAGUAACGCGCCUUGCGCCACGUUGUGAUUCUAGCUCGUAAUUAAUACAAGUCUCAUUCUAUCAUAAAUAUUUAAAUAAAUUUACGUAGCGAUCACCAGUUCUAAAGAAUCCACGGAAUAUUCACUAGGUCAUUUUUACCGCUUAUAAAUAGGGAAGUUCGGGUUCUAAGUCAACCGACAGAUAAUGCAUUUCAAUACUAGCAUUGUGAUAAUGCUAUAAAGUGGUACUUUGCAGCUGGAGGUCGCUAAAUUUCCUCUAUUUACUAUCGUUGUACGCAUCGCACGUAGUGCGACCUCGAGGCAUAUUCAGACACGUCAAAUAUCACACCGAUUUAAUUUGAGUACUUAAUAUAACAAGUUACGUAGCUGAAUAUGGCUCGCAUGAUCAUUGUAGCGGAGGUUUCCCGCGCCCGCGCCCAACGGCGGCCGAGUGCCGCGCUUGCUCGCGUUCUGAUAUACACUUUAUCAUUAUUACGGGGAUGUUUAGGAAACUUCUAUUAAGGAAUCUAAAUCGUAUUAUUAGGAUUUCACGAAACAUGAUUUUUUUUUGUAAACAUGCUUUUGUAAUGUGAAUGUAAUUAUCUAUUGCUUAAUUUUCCUUAUUUUAAUGUAGUAAACAUAAACACGGUUAUGUUAGUUACUCUUUUAACCGCCAAUCCUCCACGAAUCGUUUGUAAAGUCACUAUUUUCACUAACAUUUAAAAAGUUCAUCGUGAACGACGAAGGCUACUUGGCCUCGUAAUAGUAAACUGGUGAUUUAUUAAAGAUGUUAACGGCACCAAUCAUGAGACAUUUAAGAGAAAAUUUUGAGUAUUUUUGAUUUUUCACCGACAUCUGUAAAAUUUCUACCGCUUUAUGCUUCAAAAGAUGAAUGUCCAAUUCGUCCUUUAUGUUUUCAAUGUAUUUAAUGAAAACUACUGCAAUUGGUUUCAAUAUUAUUAACCAAUUAAAACUAUGUUUUUUGCUCCAGUCAUGAGAUGUAUGGCGCCAUUAAUCUUAAAACUAACAAAUAUCAAUGGAAAAUUAAACUUAAGCAGCUCUUUGGCUCUUGUUCAUUGUAAAAUGUUGCCGGCGAUUAAAAACUGAUGGUAAAUACUUGUUUUACAUCAGGAUUUGUCUAUACCAUCCCAUUACUGGUACCUGUUCGAAUAUAGGAGUGUUUACUAUAAUUUGUCUAUUAUAUAAUUAGUUAAGGAAAGCUUUGAGUAGAAUCGGAAUAUUACGCGGUACAUCGAGCUGUGAAGUCGCGUCGCUGGCGCGGUGAAAACGUUCUUACAGUGUGAUAUGAUAUCGUAACGUAAAUUAUUUAUUUUAUAGAUAAAUAAAGUACAACUUAGGAUAUAAUGUUAAUAGUGAAAAGUUAAGUUGUAAAGCUUUAAGCGGCCUACAGAGGGCAGCGCCGGUGCCGCGCCGCCCUCCCCUCCUCCCCCUCCCUCCGAUCCCGCACCCCCUCCCCCAGCAGCGGCAGCUCUGACUGACAGGAUCAUUACAACAAAACUACAUAUAUCUACAAGUACCUGUAAAGUACCUAUAGAAUAAAUACCAGAUGGAACUAUUUUCUUAACUGAUUUAUGUAUUGAAGGCAGUCAAGUGAAGGAUAGUUAUUAAAUGAUAUACCUACUUAAUGGAUAAAAUCGUAUAAACUGAUUGAUACUUAGGAUUAAUAUUUUGUAAUGAUUUAAAUAAAUAAGUGACAGGAGUGAUGAUAAUAUUAUUGUAAUAAGAGACGCCAUGGAUGCCUCCCCCCCCCCCCCCCCCCGGCUGUGGGCGCGACGCCGGCACCGCACGAGGAGCGCGCCUGGCGCGCGGGAUAGUAUAAUGUUGUGUUCUAAGAACAAAUUAAUAAACUCUAUGAGGGUUACACACUUAA